GUUCGGUCUGUGGUGGCAUAUGCUUUCAUCCAUUCGCGUGGUGGCAUCGCUACUCGUCUCAGAGGAUUUCUUUGAUUCUGUCGAGUGGUGCCGGGCUAGAUUUGUUGGGAUAUUCCGACUAAAUGUCCAAAGCUAAUCUCUUCAUUUAACCGUUGAAGCUGAUUUGGUUUGACAUUUGGUCACUUCCGUCAUUACCUGGCUUCUCCAUCAGUGAUUCGAACCGAGUGAAAUCUACUUUAACAAAAACAUUAAAUAUAGAAUAGAAUGAUUGGUUCAUAGCCUGAAUUUUGUUUUGGGUUUUGAUCUUCAAAAUCCGUGGCUAUAUUAGUCCAAAGUUGAAUCGAGACUAUUCUAUUGAGACCAGCUUAGUCAGACCAAGUGAGACCAUUCAAGGGAGACCAUUCAAGGGAGACCAUUCAAGGGAGACCAUUCAAGGGAGACCAUUCAAGUGAGACCUUCACCUUUGAGUCUACACCAGCGGGAGGUGAAUGAGACUGGCAAUAAUGUGUGGGGGGUGUCACAAGAACGGCAAGGAGGCCAAAGAUGAGAAAGGAUUACUCAGUAACACACGACACAACCGCGGAUGUACCGACAUCUUGGUCUUCUUGCUGUUUGUUUUCUUUCUUUGUGGCAUGAUCUUCAUAGCGGCCUUCUCAAUCAGCAAAGGCGACCCUUUCCGCCUGGUCUAUGGUACUGACAGCUUUGGUAACACCUGCGAUGAAGACAACUCCGACAGAGCCAUAGCAGGAGUCAAAUUCUCCGGACGUAACCUCAAAGGCAGGCCGCAUUUGUUCUUCAUGAACAUUGAGGAAAUAGACUCCUCCAUGAGGAUCUGCGUAAACAAGUGUCCUGAUAUUGAUCUGGAAAAGCCCAUGAAUGUGUAUGAAUUCUCCCAACAGACUGGGUCCCUUUUAUGUCGUUAUGACAUUGACUUAACUGCUUACCUGUACAUCAACAGCAGCCUCCAUGGGCCGUGCCCCGUUCUACCUGUGAGAAAAAGUGAAUCCUUGAUGAAUCACUGCAUCCCUCGAGACAUGCCAAACAUUAAAGGCUGGCGUGAAAAAAACAUAGACAACAACAUCAUUGCUCACAUCAACAAGAGCAACAUCUUCCAGAUUGUUCUUAGAGACCUAUACGCCAGCUGGAAUAUUGUCAUCGCACUAUGUUUUGUGGCUGUUGCUUUCUCUGUUUUAAUGGUGCUGCUUAUCCGGUUCCUGGCCUCUCUGGUGGUGUGGCUCAUUGUGGCCCUGGCUGUGCUGGCUGGCAUGGUGGGCACUGCCUUCACCUGGUGGACUUUUAUCAGCAAUAAGAAUAAGCUGGACCGCGAGGAACGUCUCAAGAUUCCUCUGUUGGAUGUUGACGUCAACAGUGAAAAAGCUUUCAUGUGUUUCUCUGUUGUGGCAACUGCUCUAACUGUGAUCCUGACUCUAAUUUUGUUGGCCAUGCGUAAGAGGAUCCACUUCGUGGUGACAUUGUUCCAAGAGGCCGGAGCCUGUGUCUCAGCCAUGCCACUGCUGCUCAUACAACCCCUGUGGACGUUUCUGCUUCUGCUCAUGUUCUUUGUCUACUGGGUCACGGUGCUGGCAUUCAUCUCCACAGCUGAAACACCAGUUGUAACAGAACACAGCUAUGUUGUCUUCAAAGAACAUGAGACAGUGACCUACUUUUGGUGGUACCAUCUAGUGGGGCUCUUCUGGGUCAGCGAGUACAUUAUGGCUUGCCAGUCUUUUGUGGUUUCCGGAGCUGUUGCACGCUGGUACUUUACUAGAGACAAAAGCCAGUUGGGAUUUCCCAUCAUUGGCAACAUUGGCAGAUUGAUUGUGUUUCACCAAGGGUCUGUUGCAUUUGGAGCUUUGGUCCUGACGUUGGUGAAAAUACCCAGGAUGAUUCUCAUGUUUUUACACAAAAAGUUGGUCAACUCUGACAACCAGUGCAGCAGUGGUUGCAUUAAAUGUUGCUGUUGCUGCUGUUGUGUAGAAAAGUGCCUGCGCUACCUCAACGCUUAUGCAUAUACAAUAGUUGCUGUCAGUGGUAAAAAUUUAUGCACAUCAGCCAGAAAGGGCUACUAUGUGCUGGCAGGGAAUGCUUUCAGAGUGACAGCCAUGAACAGCAUUGGUGAAUUUGUUCUGCUGCUCAGUAAACUUGCAGUCAUGGCAGCUACAACUUCUGUGGGGGUCAUCUGGUUCAAGAGUCAGGAAGAUCUUCAUUUCUAUGCUGUUCCUGUUCUUCUAGUGGCAAUAUUUUCAUAUUUCAUUGCUCACUGCUUCCUCUCAGUUUAUGAGAUGGUUAUUGAUGCCUUGUUGCUGUGUUUCUAUGAAGAUCGGGACUUAAAUGAUGGAUCAUUAGAUCGCCCAUACUUUGGCAGCAAAAAUUUUAUGGUACACCUGUCUGAGUGCAGUCAGGGCCUGAACACCUUGACAAAGAAAAGACAAGAAUCAAAUCUUGACCCACAGUCAGAACCAGCUGAAGUUUGACACGAGUCACACAGAUGGGAGAGUACCUGAGUAGAGAGAGUGAAAUAACAGUGGGGAGGGGG